AGAACAGGAAGAGGAAGACCAGCUUGUGGGUUACAAAUCUAAAACUGGCAAAGGUAAUUUUUUUGAUCACCACUAGCUGAUGGCUGUGCCAGUUCUGCAAACAGCAGAUGCAUGAGCAGUUUUAAAACGUACAUAAAUGAGUGUGAAGCAGAGUGACACGGUGGCAGGCGUCUGUGGCGAUGGGCAGGGGUUUCACCACCUGUAACCCUAACCGAUAAAUGACUCUUAGUUGCCGUUUGUUUCGUUCUGCUGGCAACUGACUGAUGUUGCACAACUGUCACACCCUGCCACCAAGUAGCUGGGUGUGUGUGCAUAAAGUGUCAAGUGAGAGAUGAGUCAAAAGGUUGAGGAGGGGGCAGGAUUUCCUUUAUAUUCUAAGAUGUGUUGAGUAGGACAAAGCUCUCUGGACAGUCAUCAUGUCACCCAGGGUGUGCCAUCUUUAGAAAACAUCUUUCUGCCAGUCUCAUUUCACAAGAUGCGUCAUCAUCAACCCACACAAAACAGUUAGAAGGUAAGUGGCAACAUCUCUGCCAACCAAGUUUUUAUUUCAUUAAAAUCCACUCGCUAAGCUGAUAUCGAUGUUUUUACUUUUGAUUCAUCGUGUACAGAAUGCUACUGUAUGUGUCCUUGGGGUGAUGGAAAUUGUACAAAAAUUGGGUUUUAUAAGGAUUUUUAUUUGAGUUUUUUUUCCUCUUAAAAUGUGAUUUAAAAAAAAAGUUUGUGGUGUAUCCAGCUAUAGGGGCCAUCUUUAGAAAACCUUUUUUUGACAUUAAUAUUUCACAAGAUGCGUCAUCAUCAACCCACACAAAAAAGUUAUAAAAGUAUUCUUAUCAGAAGUUAUUAUUAUUAAAGCAUACAGAUAAAUAUUUGUGGUUUGUCAUAUAAAUGACUUUGAUCAGUCACCUGCAAACUAGUUUUAUUUAAGCAUAAAUCUUUAACAUUUUUUUUUGAGCAGUUACAAGCAAUGCUGUGCAAUACUGAUGAAAUCCUCCAUCAGAAGCAGAACACACUGUUCUUAUUGAAAACACUGAACACAGGGGAAGACAGACAGAGGAGUUACAUAUCCGGAAUCUGUGCCCUUUUGACCUGGAAAACACCUGGCAGCCAUGACAACAUCUGGAUCCCGAGCCUUUGUCAUUGUCCUCCUCCUCCUCGGCUCCCUCUCAUCCCUGCUUUAUUACAUCUUAUUGAAUGAGAAGCUCUGUCUGCAGAAAUAUCAUCUAGAUGUUCCUCAGAGAAACAUCAGCAUCCUGCUUUGGCACUGGCCGUUCGGCCGCUCAUACCAGCUUGACGGGAACAAAUGCCUCGAGAUGUACAACAUCAGCCGAUGUUUCCUUACUCAUAACAUCUCUUCUUUCUCUACGGCCGAUGUGGUUGUCUUCCACCACCAGGAGCUGAGCAGAGGUCUGUCCUCAAUGCCCCUGCACCAGCAUCGCCCCGCCUCCCAGCACUGGGUGUGGUUGUCAAUGGAGCCUCCUAUCAACAAUGCGAACCUCACACAGCUGAACGGCCUCUUCAACUGGACGAUGAGCUACAGACGUGAUGCAGACAUAUCUAUCCCUUAUGGAAAGACCAUGCUAGGAGGUGAUGGACUAGGCUUUCAGGCUCCUCUAAAUCGCUCCUGUUUUGUCAGCUGGGUGGUCAGCAGAUAUCGGCCUCACCAGGCUCGGGCUGUUGUUUACCAAAGUCUGAAGAAGUAUAUACCCAUAGAGGUGUACGGCAAGUGGAACAAAAAACCCCUGUCAGACAAAGAGCUGUUGCCCACCAUUGCAAAGUGUCUUUUUUACCUGUCUUUUGAGAACUCUGAGACGACAGACUAUAUCAGCGAGAAGCUCUGGAGAAACGCUUUCCAAGCAGGGGCCGUGCCAGUGGUACUCGGACCCAGCAGGGCCACGUAUGAGGCACUGGCUCCCCCUGGUUCCUUUAUCCAUGUCUCUGAUUUCAAGAGCACAGCAGACCUGGCAGCCUAUCUGAAGCAUGUGGCUGCAGACCGGCAGGCCUAUGAGGAGUACUUCCAGUGGCGCAGCACCCACAGAAUUAAAACCAUCACUGACUGGAGAGAAAGGCUUUGUCACAUCUGUGUUAAGUACUCCAGUUUACCAGCGAAUAGAGUCUAUCAGGACCUGGACAGCUGGGUUAACAGCUGAAAUUUGAUGUCUUCAGGUUGAUGAGGUGUUGAUUGGGACUGCUGAUACUGCUGUUUUACCACAUGCAAAUGUGAAAUACCAUACAGUGAAAUUUGAUGUAGAAUUACAUGUGUCUCAGUCAGCAAUGCAGCUUUGGUAAGCAGGGAGGAACUGCACAUCACAGAAACAAAUCUCUGUGGUUGGGUGAGUUGGCAGUGCACUGUACAAAAAAGAAGAAGUGGGAACUCAUGUUUGAACCACAGAGGCAAGUUUUUCUUCACAACAAGUUACUGACGACUGUAAACAGUGAUGGGUGUUUCAUUAUUUUUCCUAAGCCUAUAUACGCUUUUCCGGUGCUUUUCAAAAAUAAUUGUUUGCUAAAUAAAUUACAGCUGGUAACCUACUGAGUAAAAGCCAAUAUCAGUUUCACCGGCAACAUUCUAUUUAAUAAGGUUCACUGUCAGGCAUCAUGAUAAAACUAGCAACCAGUGAAUUAAAGAAUAGACUAAUUUCCAAAAUAAAGCCAUGCUCUGCACAACAA